UGCAUUCCCCUGUUCCUCUGGAUAAAUGUGUCAAUAUAUUUUGUCCACUAUUCCAUAGCAACAUAAAACAGUAAAUUGGCAUGCGUUUGACACACCUCAUAUUUCAGAGACAGACAGCUGUUAACUAACUCCACUGAGACAGACACCGAGCACCGAGCCACCAACUAAACCCACUUAGAAAAAAAAAACAAGUCGCUUAUCAACGAUACCCAAGGAGACAUCGUUUUUUCAGUGGACUUAAUUGCUUUUCCAGCAGAUCAUUGUAAAGCAAGAUGGAGGUAGACAUACGGUUGGCCGCAGAGAGGCUGCGUCAGGAGGAAGCCACGCGUGGUGCCGCCCAACUGGUCACACCAGGAGACACCGUCACAGGAGAUGGCGGAUUCAUGAGGGGUCACGGUACCUACAAAGAUGGAGAGAAUUUAGUGGCCUCUGUUGCAGGAUUUGUGAGAAGAAUAAAUCGACUUAUUUCUGUUCAGCCCCUGAAAGCCCGAUACAAUGGGGAGAUUGGUGACGUGGUGAUCGGCCGGGUGAUCGAGGUGCAGCAGAAACGCUGGAAGGUGGACACAUGCAGUCGACUCCACUCACUACUCAUGCUUUCCUCUGUGAACCUGCCCGGCGGCGAACAGCGCCGUAAGACACAGGAGGAUGAGCUGGCCAUGCGCUCUUACCUGGAGGAGGGUGAUCUCAUCUCGGCAGAGGUGCAGAACAUCUUCUCCGACGGCUCACUGUCGCUGCACACUCGCAGUCUCAAAUAUGGAAAGCUCUCGCAGGGUGUGAUGGUGGCCGUGCCGUCGAACCUGGUACUGCGGCGGAAGAAUCACUUCCACGACCUGCCUUGCGGCGCUACAGUGAUCCUGGGCAACAACGGCUACAUCUGGAUCUGCGCCACGGUCGUUGGAGAGGACGGCGGCGCCGGCACCGGCGGAUACGUCCAGAACCUGGAGCGUGUACCCCUACCGGAGCGAGAGGUGAUCUCGCGGCUGCGGAACUGCAUCCUGGCACUGGCCGGCUCCUGGAUGAUGCUCUAUGACACGUCCAUACUGUACGCCUUCGAAGCCUCCUCAAAGUUCCAGGCCCGUGACCUACUGAAGCCCGAGGUGAUGGCGGAGGUGGCUGACCUCACCCGGAAACGACUGGACCUGGAGGCAGCUGAGUGAACCGCCCCAUUCAUCUGAUCACAGUUACCGUCACUGCAUAUUGUCCCCAUCGUCAUCAAUGUAUGCAAUAUGAAAAUAAAUAAGCACACAACAAGACA